AUGCAAGCGAAUGAUGGCCUUUCUUCAGCUAACAUGUCACUGAAGGCUCUAUCAGUGAUAAAGCAAACUGGUCACUCCAGCAUUGCUAAAUUUCCCUCUCCAUUGAUACCCUCUGGCCACCUUUUGAACAUAAUGAUGAAGCAACAGUUCUUGCUCGCCUCAUUUUCAGUUUUCCUUCUCUCCCUUCACUGUGCCAAUACCUUUGCUCAGUCACCAGUUGCAGCACCGGCACAGGCACCGGCAGCGGUUGUAGCUCAACCUCCAGCUGCAACCCCAACACAGGCAGCUGCACCACACGGCAUCACUAACGUCACCAAAAUCCUCGAGAAGGCUGGCCAUUUCACGAUCUUUAUCCGCCUUUUGAGAUCCACACAGGAGGAAAACCACUUAUUCUCUGCCCUUAACGAUUCAAGUUCUGGUCUAACCAUCUUUGCACCAACGGAUAGUGCAUUUUCGGAACUCAAAUCGGGGAUUCUCAAUACUCUGAGUGAUGGGGAUAAGUCUGAGUUAGUGAAAUUCCAUGUAGUUCCUACUUUCUUAUCGACUUCUCAGUUCCAGACCGUAAGUAAUCCUCUCGGAACAUGGGCUGGAACAGGUAAUCGGUUGCCGCUAAAUGUGACAAGUUAUCCAAACUCGGUGAACAUAACCACAGGGCUUACCAAUACAAGUUUAUCUGGCACGGUAUACACGGACAACCAGCUAGCCAUUUAUAAGAUUGAGAAGGUGUUACUUCCUAAGGACAUUUUUGCUUCUAAGGCUCCAGCUCCAGCACCAAUGGCUCCUGCACCAGAAAAGCCUACGAAGGCGGUUCCUGCAGCAAAUGUGGAGAGUCCUGUGGCUCCUGUUGAUACAUCUGGUGCAGUUAUAUUCACGCGUAAUAAUGUGGUUGGAUCGGUUGGUGUAGUUGCUGCUGCAUUGUUUGCUUUGUAA